ACUUCGACCAAAAAUGGCGCAGAACACCGAAAUUCCAAAGAGACCCAAGGGUGAGUCGGUCGAGAUCAAGAUCUCCCAACACCUAGAUCCGAACUAAUAGCGCAUGACUUUCGCCCCCUCUAGGUAUUCUUAAGAACUCUAGUUCUCAAAACCGCCUCCAUGUUUCGCACGACGACGUCCACUUCCACCACGUCCAUCAUAGCCCCUCCCCGCCUGCGGACACCAAGGAACUCACCUUGCAAAACACGCUCCAGAAUGCCGGCCGUCGCCCCUCUGCCUCUUCCCGGCGCACUUCUCUCGCCAGUUCCCACGGCCACCAUGAUGACGCCUCACCCCGCCUUAAAUGGGAUGAGGCCAACCUGUAUCUGACGGAACAGGAAAAGACGGCGAAGAUGAAGAUCGACGAGCCCAAGACCCCGUAUGCGCCGCAUUAUGACCCCGCCGAGGAUGAGGAGGAGAUGAGACUUGCAGAGGCGCAGGAGAGUCUGAUCAAUGCGCAGGGCGUUGUCGUGGACGAGCUAGACAAGGAUAAGAAGCCGUCGUCGUCUUCCUCUACCUCCAAGAAGUUCUCUGAGGAUGAUAUUCCCGACCUAGAACUGGGCGAGCCUGAAGAGGAGCUCUCGCACGGGACACACCUUGGUGCUGACGAUCGGAUUACACGUGCGCGCAGCUUAAGCAAUGAGUCCCAUCGCAGCGACAAGCACGUCGUCGUUGGCGCGAACAAUGCCAACGAGACGAACGGUGAUGAGCUCUUGACGCCUGAGCAAGCGAAGGAGAAACAUGCGCAGUUUGAAAAACAGCGGAGGAAGCAUUAUGAAAUGCGGAAUAUCAAGGAACUCCUAGCGUGCGUGCCCAACCCAUCCUCUCCCGUUUUCCAUCCCCACCUCCUGCCACGUGAGGCGUUGGGUAUUAAUGCUAACCGGUUGUGAUAGACACCCUGAGGAGUUGGAUGAAAUGGACGAGGACGAGGACGAUGAAGACACCAACUCUGGCGUUCCGCCUCCCAUG